CUCGGAGGCGGUUCCAAAAUAUUCCUUUUUUGUUUCUUUUUCUGUUCACUCCAAAUCGCUAGUUACACUUCUCAUCCUUCUCAGUUCCACUUCACUCUCUCCCUCUUCAUCACUAAUCUUUAACCUUUUCCCUUUUUUAUUGAAUUAAUUUCUUACAAUUGGGGUUUUCAAUUACUAUUCUGAAUUACGAUUCCCUUCACUUUUUCGUUUUUCCCUAUUGAUUUUAGGGACUUAGGGUUUAUGGGUCUCCGAAAGACCCUCGAUUCGCGCUAGAAAUCUAGGUCUGCUCUGUAGCUUGGGUGACGGUCAGGGCUAUCGCACUUUGUCAUUCUCGAGCAUCAAAAGGAGGUAACUUUAUGAACAUUGGGAUGCAUCUGUCGUUUUCGGCAUUACCCAAGGUCAACGAAAUCUCCUACGAUUGUUCUAAGCUGGAGUUAUCAACAUAAUGUUGUUGGAUGUGAAUCGUAGUUGUGGGUUUUAUAUCGCUACUCGUAUUCUCCACCUAGCUGAAUGGCACCCAUUGGAACAACAACGUUGAGUUGGGCUUGAACCUUGAAGUCCUCCUUUCUUCCCUCUUAAUUCGGAUUUUAAAACUUUUAGGCUUAUAAUCAAUCAUCUUUUGGGUCCAAGCUCCACAUGUUCGAAAAGACUCUUUCUUUUGCCUGUGUGAUGGGGUGCUGUAGUUGUUUUGGGUUCAUCAGGACACCUAACCGUCAAAGACAAAGCUCUAAGCCUGCCAUUAACAAUAAUCUCUACCAGGAGCCUCUGUUGGAUGUUGAUGACGACAUUGAAGAUGAAGAGGGCGACCAUUUGUAUAACGAUGAGGUUAAUAACACUAGUGGGGAUGAUGCCGAGGAAGAAACUCGGCCCAAGAAAUCAGAAGAAAUUUUGAACCUGAGAGUAGAGAAUGACAUGGUUUGUAGGCAGUUUCCUGUUAAAGAUACUCACAAAGUUGUUCGUAUGGAGGAUGAAAAUGGGAACAAGAUGAUAAAUGAGUAUAUUCGUGAGUAUAAGAUUGGUUCUGGUAGCUACGGAAAAGUGGCUCUUUAUCGUAGCUCUGUGGAUGGAAAGCAUUAUGCAAUCAAGGCCUUCCAUAAAUCUCAUUUACUGAAACUUCGAGUUGCACCCUCAGAAACAGCCAUGACUGACGUACUACGAGAGGUUCUCAUUAUGAAAAUGGUGGAACAUCCUAAUAUAGUCAAUCUCAUUGAGGUGAUUGAUGACCCAGAGUCGGAUCACUUCUAUAUGGUACUUGAAUACGUAGAAGGCAAAUGGGUCUGUGAGGGUACAGGUCCCGCAUGUGGCUUAGGUGAAGAGACUGCUAGGAGAUACUUGCGUGAUAUUGUUUCUGGAUUAACAUAUCUUCAUGCUCAUAACAUAGUACAUGGGGAUAUUAAACCGGAUAAUCUGUUGAUUACUCGUCAUGGUACUGUGAAGAUAGGGGAUUUCAGUGUCAGCCAGGCUGUUGAGGAUAAUAAGGAUGAGCUUCGUCGAUCACCUGGCACUCCUGUUUUCACUGCACCAGAGUGUAUAUUAGGUCUGACCUAUGGUGGUAAAGCUGCCGACACCUGGGCAGUAGGAGUUACUUUAUACUGUAUGAUAUUGGGUGAAUACCCUUUUCUUGGAGACACACUUCAAGAUACAUACGACAAAAUAGUAAAUAAUCCUUUGGUACUCCCCAAUAAUUUGAAUCCGCCAUUGAAGAACUUGAUAGAAGGUUUACUUUCGAAAGAUCCAAGACUAAGGAUGACUUUGGGUGAUGUUGCGGAAGAUAGUUGGAUUAUCGGAGAUGAUGGGCCAAUUCCCGAGUACCUUUGUUGGUGCAAAAGGAAGAGCUUAGGGAUUGAAAACCAUGAUGAGAGCAAGACCAACUAAAAUUAAUUUUAGCUUGCAUUUAUGUACAGUUGAAAACCCUGAUUUUUUUUCCCUUAGACUCGUGGUAUUUUAUGAUUUUAGAGAGGCAGUCUUGAAGGAAUCUCAAACUUUAAGAAAAUGUGGCUCAUCUAGGCAUGAUAAGUAGCAGAGGAUAAAAAAUGUUUACUUAUUUUUUGGUGAAAGAAUUUGAUGUUCAGAAGUAGAAACUUAUGUUUAUCUUUGUAUACAUUGACCAUCAACAAGCACAAGGCUUUUUAGGUCCA